AUGCGGAGCGUCCACUGGUGGCGUGCUGCUGCUGCUGCUGCUUCCGCCGUUGCUGCUGCUCGGGGGGCAGCUGGCUGCUGCAGCAUUGUGGGCGGCGGCCUCAGUGGGCUGGCUAUGGCCUUCCACUUGCAGCAGCAGCCUGAGCUCUGUCACGCCAGGAUUAAGAUAAUCGAGACGCAGCCUCAUCUCGGCGGCCGCUACAUCAGCACCGAGCCUGCAAACGCAGGAGUGCUCCACGGACGGCUCGACGCGCCACCGAGCUCCCAAGCAGGGAGCAUAGCAUCGCAGCACGGGCUUUGGAAGGAUGAGCUUCCAAAGGGCCAGCAAAGGGAACUGGUUCCGCUCCUCAUGAAGACGCUGCACGACUGCAGCUACAUGCAUUCCCAUGUUUCGCUUUCGCCUGCGGCCCUGCGCCCGGGGAGAAAGGCCGCAGAUGGACCCCCCUGCAAGGGAGGUUCACAGCGCGAAGGCAGCACAGUAGGCCAUGAACACGCCGACAUUCCAUUGGAGUUUGGAGCUGGUGUGCCGCACCUCCUUGCUCCUGGUGGGGCUCACGUCUUGCGGCUGAUGCAGCAUCUACUGAUGCCUUCCCAGCUGUUAACCGCCAGGCGGCAGGCUGGCUCUCUUUUCUCCCUAGCGCGCAGCUCAGUACACCCCGCAAGGGGUGCCGCGUGGCUGACGCCGUUGCGGAGACUUAAGCCGCGCGGCCCCACUCUGGAUGCGCAGCCGAAGUGCAGUCCUGGGUUGUCUCGACGGCACGUUCUACGGGCUCUCUGCGCUGGCGUUCGGGAAAGCUUUUUGACUCCAGAGAAGGUGGCGAGCAAGCAACGGCGGCUCGGCCAUGCAGAGGCGCCCAAUGACAUGUCUGUCUCUGCAUUUGCAGAGCUGCACGCGUCUAAGACCCUAGCCAACGCCGUGCUCCUACCCGCCUUUGGCUCAUGCAGCUACGCAGGAGACGCAGAAGCGCUUUCGGCCAGUGCGUAUUUUCCGCGCGCCUGGCUGCUGCACUCUCAGUAUGGCUCCUUGCUACGGGGCUCCUGGGUUGAGCGCCGUUUGCUGCGGAGGAGCGGCGGCCAGGGAGGCCAUAAGAGCAGUGGCGGCAUCGAGGCUCCAGUAGACGCGGAUGACAGACACAUUAUGCCCGUUGAAGGGUGCAAGGCCUUUCCCCAUGGUCACGAGGGGCUGCAACGUGUCGCGUCUGAAGGCGCAGGUGUAUUUGCACCAGUCGGUGGCAUGAGGCAGCUCGUUGAGGCCCUAGCGAGGCAUAUAAGGACGCCCAAUGCCUCCGGACCGCCGAUCUCAGUGGUGUCGAGCUCUCGGGUUGUUCGGAUUGCGCGAUCGCUUGUUACAGGCAGCGCCAAACCAGCUGCAGAAGUAGUAUGCGAAGAUGGUUCCCGCCACUCGGCAGAUCUUGUGAUCUGUGCAGUGCACCCAUACGACUUGGGUAUAAUCUUGAGAGCCUCAAAGGAGGCCUUCGACGAACCCGAAGAUCUCGAGCAACCUCUCGGGAAAAGCGCCUCCACAGGGGGACGGCAGGCAGAAAGCAAGGAAGCUCACACUAGCGAUAUCAACCACACGAAGGAAGCCCGCAGGAGUACGUCCGUACUGGCGGAGCUCUUGCUGUCACUGCCCUGUGCUUCGUGGGUUAGCGUUCAUGCCUUUGCUGCUUACACCUCAAGGCGUGCGGCCUCCCUUGGCCGAGGAUGUUUGUAUCCGCCUACCCAACCGGCAGCGCCUCUAAGCUUUGUUUCUGAACAUGAGGCUUCGACGGCUCCCCCACAAAGGUCUGUCCCUGUGCACGACGCACAGCGGGAUGGGGAGGAGCAGGUGGCAAUUCCGUCUAAUGCAGUCGCCGAGGCUUCGGCCGCAGUCCUCACAGCGCUGCAGGCUGCCGAGGAGGCCCUGACAGUGGCGGAGCUUCAGCUUCCCGGAAACCUUUUUCCGCAUGCACAGGCCGAGGCUCUCUCCGCGGCUGGCCUUUUCGACAGCUCCGCGGCUCCUUGGGUCUCCCGGGCAGCGCUGCUGCAUGCGCAGGCGUCGGUACGGGUGCACAGGCUCGAGACGCUACUGGAACACAUGCAGCAGCUGCUGCUGCCGCUGCAGCGCCUCCUACAAGCGGAGGGUCCGUCUUGGGUGCGGCGGGAGUCCAGUGAAGAUCGGAUGGCUGCCGGCGUACGCGCUUUGGGCCUCUUGAUGUCUGCUGCAGAAGCUGCAGUUGUACGAACCCUGCUACGCGAAGGCAUCGUUACACCGGCAGAGCAGUUGGUGCUGUCCUCCAGGUUGGCUUUGCAGGCGGAACCGCAAUGGCCUGUGUUACUUCGGCAUCCCAUGGAGCCGCGAGCGGCCGCCCAACGUGGUCAGCUUUUUUACUUGCUGCAGCGUUUUGAGCAGCUGCGUGAGGAGCAGUGGAACGGUGCCCCCCUCCUACAUGCAGCCUUAGGCCACGUACCCCCAGUACGGGACUCUCAAGUGACCUUGACCCCUCCAGAAAGUCCAGCUGUUGAGGAGCAAGCCCCACAUUCAAGGCAGGAAUCGCCAACGCCGAAGUCGUUUGCUGAGGCACGGGUGCUGUUUCAUCAGCUUCGAUUGAAGGCGGCUCCCUGGCUGCAAGUUGUUGGCCCCGCGGGAUCUUUCUGCGAGUGGGGGGCUGGCGCUAGAGUAAAGGAUGCAGCGAUUCUUGCUCAUCAAGUUGCUCAACGAUUCGCUUCAUUCCCCAACAUCCGCCCAGAGACGUCAGAUGACUUCAUGGCCCGUCUCAAUGGAGGGUGGCUCGGGGUUCUCUCAAGGGAAUCAAGGGAGGGUGAAUUUGAUGGGGCGAAGCGCAGUCACCCUAGCAAGCCUCAAGGCCGUGGGGCAGAAGUAGGGAUGAUGUCUUAUAGAGGUAGGGCAUUCUGCUCAUCUGAAGUCAGUCAGGGCUCCUCUCUGUCACAUUCAGGCAGCCAGCAAGUGAAAAAGGCACCAGUAUGGCAUUUUUCAGGCAACGCUGAUAGAAAAAGAGCACGCCAUCCAACGCGUUAG